AUAUAAAUUUUAAUUCAAAAUGUUAAUCAAAAAUGAGAUUGAGGAAAUCCUAAAGCCAUUAGUGCUAACAAAUCAACAGUUGGGCGAAAUAGAGGCACUAUUAUUACAGUCAUUCAAUGAGGGUCUGCGCAAAGAUACCAAUCCCGUGGCACCGGUCAAGAUGUUCCCGACGUUUGUCAGGGACGUACCCGACGGUAAAGAAAAAUACGCUGAGGGUAAAUAUAUGGCACUGGACUUGGGUGGUACCAACUUUCGUGUAUUGCUUCUGGAGCUCAAUGGCGACAAAUUUCAUUUGGACUCCGAAGUGUAUGCCGUACCCGAAAUUAUUAUGCACGGAACAGGAGAACAGUUGUUUGACCACAUUGCCAGUUGUAUAUCGGAUUUUAUGAAACAACGAAAAGUCAUUCAAUACCGGAUCCCAUUGGGCUUUACGUUUAGCUUUCCGUGCAAACAGGAAGGACUGACUUCGGCCCGACUAACACAAUGGACUAAAGGAUUCAAGUGUACCGGUGUUGAGGGCGAAGAUGUGGUCCAAUUGCUCAGGGAUGCCAUCGAUAAGAGACCGGACAUUGAUGUAGAUGUCAUGGCUGUUGUCAACGAUACUACCGGUACAUUGAUGUCAUGCGCUCUUAAGAACCGGGAGUGUAGGGUCGGACUAAUUAUAGGCACCGGUACUAACGCUUGUUAUAUGGAAACACUGGAAAACGUUGAACUGUUUAGUGAGGACUUUCCAGAUGUCAAUCAAGUAGUGGUUAAUACAGAAUUGGGUGCUUUCGGUGAUAACAAAGUGCUGAACUUUAUCCGUACCAAUUGGGAUGAAGAAGUGGACACUACAUCAUUAAAUAGAGGAAAACAAUUGUUUGAAAAAAUGAUAUCCGGUAUGUAUUUGGGAGAAACAGUUCGCUGUAUACUUGUAGACCUGUGCCAAAAGAAACUGUUGUUUAAUGGACAGCCAUCCGAUAAACUGAUGACACCUAAAGCCUUUCAAACGGCUUAUGUGUCCGCCGUUGAAUCGGAUAAAGAGGACGACUAUAAUAUGACUCGUCAGGUGAUGUCAGCCAUAGAUCACAGGGCAGCCACUCUACUAGAUUGUGAUGUCGUCAAAAUGGUAUGUAAGCGAGUGUCUACUAGAGCCGCACAUUUGGUUUCGGCAGCCGUGGCCACCAUAUUGAACAAAAUGAAAAGACCGCACACGACAAUAGGUGUCGACGGUUCGGUUUAUAAAUUUCAUCCGCAUUUUCACGACCUAAUGGUCGCCAAAAUCUCGGAACUCGUUGACCAGAACUAUACGUUUAAUCUGAUGCUGUCGGAAGACGGCAGUGGUCGCGGUGCCGCUUUGGUGGCCGCAGUGGCCACCAAACAGGAGCACCGGCGCAAAGUGAGUCUCGAACAGAUGGGACUGUAUGUCCCGCCCAGGGAUGGCGUCAAUAGGAAAAACUCUAGACUAGAAUUGGAUGAAUUGGUCGCCAAAAUUAAUCGCACGAAUAUUAACAUUACUUAACACAUAAAACAAUAGGUUUUUUAUAUAGAUAUAUAUA